AUGAGGACAUCUAACGGAACGCGCGCGCGAUGGAGCCCGCGACAGCAGGAGAGAAGAAUGGAAGUCGUGUGGGUCGAGAACCGAUCGUAUCUGCAGUAGUCGCAAUCGUUCAAGGAAUUGACUAAGGAAACAUGGCUGCAGGUUGUUGUGGAACGAAAAAGCAAAAGCUGAACAAUUCUUCAAGUGUUCCUUGUAAUGGUUCAGUGUUACAAAAUGGCACACAGUUAAGGAACAGUGUGAUAGUAAAGCCUGAGAUGGGCUUCUUUUGCUUCGAUGUUCUUUAUUGCCAAUUACAUCAACUUGACCCUCCAAAACCGCCCAAUUUUAGCAACGAAGCAUUCCCAUUAUUUGUAACAUGGACUAUUGGAAAAGAUAUGAGGUUAAGAGGUUGUAUUGGUACAUUUAAUGCAAUGCAGUUACAUGCUGGACUUAGAGAAUAUGCAACAACCAGUGCAUUCAAAGAUUCACGCUUUAAUCCUAUCACACGAGAUGAACUACCACGUUUACAUGUAAGUGUUUCAAUUCUGAGACACUUUGAAGAUGGUAUUGAUUAUUUAGACUGGGAAGUAGGUGUUCAUGGAAUUCGUAUAGAAUUUCAUAAUGAGAAGGGUAAUAAACGAACUGCAACCUAUUUACCUGAUGUUGCAACAGAACAAGGAUGGGACCAGAUACAAACAAUAGAUUCAUUGCUGCAUAAAGGUGGUUAUAAAGGAUUAGUCACUCCAGAUAUUAGACGUAGUGUCAAAUUAACAAGAUAUCAAAGUGAGAAAGUUACUGUAAGCUAUCAAGAUUAUAUGACACACUGGCAUAGCCGAAGAUGCUAGCAGCUGGCUUGGGGUCCUAGUCAAGGACCCCAAUUGCCACAAAAUUCUGUUGCAGUUCAUUAUAAUGCUAAUACAUCUCACACAUCCCAUCUACUAUACAACAGUACUCAAUAUAAUUCUUAUAUGGCCAGUCAGGAACAUGGAUUAGUAAUGACACAACGUAAUCAUCCUGCAUUUAUACAUCCUCUUCCAAUACCUCCUAUUUCUCCUGUCAUGUUACCUAUAUGGGAUUAUUCAUCUUUUUGGUGGGAUCAAACUAGUUCAUCUUAUCCUCCACCACAUUCACAUCUUCAUCCUCCUCCCCGUGUUCACCGUUUUUCGUCACAAGAACCUGAUCGUGGAAUUCGUAAACGAAAAUGACAUUGGAGGCGACUAUUGUUUACAAUGUUUUAUUGUUUAAAAUGGUGCCUACUAUACUUUGUAUGUUUCUGCAUACACAGUUUUCCUCUUAUGAUAUCACAUAGUCCUCCUUGAGGACAAUAGCAUUUUAUGUAUGAUGGCACUGUCUUAUUUCUUUAUCUUUUAUGAUAUAAUAAUAUUAUUUAAUACUUAAUAAUUGGUAUAAUCAUAAAAUACAUAUGCAUACAAAAAGUGCAUUAACUUUUAACUUUAAUAUUUGUAAUCAUUGAUAAAAGUAUAUGUCAAAUAUUCGAAUUUUAAAACUUGUACUAUAAUAUAAUUGCAUAUUCUCAUGUGCUUUAAUACGUUCAUAAAUUAAAUAACAUGAUUCAGUCCAAAUAGAAUAUACAUAGUAUGCAAUUAGCUCUGCCAUCAUACUAUUGAGUGUCCAUUUAUGUCUACAGUAUACGAGUGACAUGAAUAAUAUUUUAGCACAGUGAUGCUGCCUGCAAUUCACUGCCUGCUUCACAAGAUUUAAUGUACAAAUUCACGCGAAAAUGUUUCUAUUAUUCGUAUAUUACAAAAAUAUAGAAUAUCAUUUUUAGAUAAUAACAUAAGUGAAGAAUAAAAAAUUAGAUUUUCUAUUAAUUCAUAUAAGAUACAUAAUUAUUUUCUACAUAACUUUCAUGUAUUAUCAUUUAUCAAAAAUUAUAAGAAAUUUGCAUAAACAGUUAAUAUGAAUCAAACAAUUAAUUUAAAUAAUAUUAUAAUUAAUACAUAAAUAAUACAUUUUCUAAAUUAAUUAUGCAAAGAGAGUUACUUAGAAACUUUCUUAUUAUUGUGUUUUUGAUUAACUCAUAAGUAAUACAUACAUAUAUAAAUACUAAUUUUAAACUUACUAAUUUAAAUUUCUUUGUAUUAAUGGUAUAGGUACAUAAUUUUUAUUGUUAUUACAUAUAUUUAAUUAUUUAUAUUAAUUGGCAUUUUCAAAAAUGGAAGUUUUUAAUUUAAUAAUGUUUAAUUUUUUGUAAAAUAUAAUUAAUUUUUAGAUUUUUAUUUUUUUUAUACCAUUGUUACAUUGAAAUUUAACACUUGUAGUUAUAUUAUAGUCCAGCGUUUUAUUACAGAAAAGAAUUAUACCAUUAAAUACAUAAAUAUGUAAUUUCUUGUGAAUAAUUGUAAUUAAAAUUAGAUAUAAUCAAUUAAAUUAACAGUAAAUAUUUCGAUACUUGUUUGGAAAUUAUUGCUGAUUUUACAAAAUUUAGAUAAUAUUGUUAAAGGAAAUAGCAGUGUGAUAAAGAUGAUAGAAUGGGACCUCUAUUGUAAAUAAGCAAUGGACUGCAUUAUGACUAUUAAAAUGCGUUAAUAAUAGUUGUAUUAUAGUUGUAGAUGAAAAUGUGACGAUCUCAUUGUGAUUUUAAUAUUCUGUGACUCGUAAAACACAAAUAGAGUUGCUAUUGCUUUUUCUGUAACAUAUUUAUCUUAUUACUUUGUUUCUGUUGAAAUAACAUAUAAUUAUAACGUUAAAAUGAAUUAAUGAAACAUAUGGUGAUUUUUAAGGUAUAGUAAAAUAUGUUCUUCCAUA